ACUACAUCACAGAAGAGGGGGCAAAGAACAGGAUCAAUUCAAAUAUACGAAAGCCUGGUAAGCAUUAUAAAAUAUGGGGAAAAAGAUUGGUUCAAAAGUGGAAAAAACUCGAUUUAGGAGUUCAUGAUAUACCAGUAAGCUUGGAUGACUGUCUAACUCUUUAUUAUGAUCUCGAACAAUAUGAUUCAGAGGCAGUUUGCCCACCAACAUUAAA